UGUCCCAGAGUCUCUCUUGUUAGGCAUGAUUGAGUCUCAUUCUUCCUGUUGACUUCUGUUUUGUUCCAGCUGGUCCCCGGGUGGCCCCCACGUGCUGCUGUGAACCAGAUCAGCUGAGGACCUGCGACCAGGUUGCUCAAUGUCAGUGAUGUCACUUGUCCUCUUGGAUUUCUGAAGUUCUCUGAAAAUCAGCUUUGUCACAGUAACUGUAAUCCUGGAGAAGUUGCCUUAACCUCCCUGGCACCAGGUCUUCUCAUCUGUAACAGUGGGAACACUCAUCCGCACUUCACAGGGUUGGUGCUAACGGAUGUUCCUGACAGGGUCUGACCCAUAGCAGUUGCUACUCCAGGGUAUAGGCUACGGUUGGAACCAGGACUGAAGACUGAAGCUUGGGAGACUGGAGGCUCUGCAGUCAGGAAAGUCACACAGUUCCAGACUGGGAAGAAGUUCCAAGCCAGGCUUUCUUGAUCAUGGAUGGUGAAGAUAUACCAGACUUUUCAAGUUUAAAGGAAGAAACUGCUUAUUGGAAGGAACUUUCCUUGAAGUAUAAGCAAAGCUUCCAGGAAGCUCGGGAUGAGCUAGUUGAAUUCCAGGAAGGAAGCAGAGAAUUAGAAGCAGAGUUGGAGGCACAGUUAGUACAGGCUGAACAAAGAAAUAGAGACCUGCAAGCUGAUAACCAAAGACUGAAAUAUGAAGUGGAGGCAUUAAAGGAGAAACUAGAGCAUCAGUAUGCACAGAGCUACAAGCAGGUCUCAGUGUUAGAAGAUGACUUAAGUCAGACCCGGGCCAUUAAGGAGCAACUGCAUAAGUAUGUGAGAGAGCUGGAGCAGGCCAAUGAUGACCUGGAGAGAGCAAAAAGGGCAACAAUAGUUUCACUGGAAGAUUUUGAACAAAGGCUAAAUCAGGCCAUUGAACGAAAUGCAUUUUUAGAAAGUGAACUUGAUGAAAAGGAAUCUUUGUUGGUCUCAGUACAAAGGUUAAAGGAUGAAGCAAGAGAUUUAAGGCAAGAGCUAGCAGUUCGGGAACGACAACAGGAAGUGACCCGCAAAUCUGCUCCUAGCUCUCCGACUCUGGACUGUGAGAAGAUGGAUUCUGCUGUCCAAGCCUCACUCUCCUUGCCAGCAACACCUGUUGGGAAAGGAACAGAAAACAGUUUCCCUUCACCAAAAGCUAUACCAAAUGGUUUUGGAACCAGUCCACUAACUCCUUCUGCUAGGAUAUCAGCACUAAACAUCGUGGGGGAUCUCUUGCGGAAAGUAGGGGCUUUAGAAUCCAAAUUAGCAGCUUGCAGGAACUUUGCAAAAGACCAAGCAUCACGAAAACCCUAUAUCCCAGGGAGCGUUAACUGUGGGGUGAUGAAUAGCAACGGCCCAGAGUGCCCAAGGUCAGGGCGAGGGACCUUCUUCCAUAAAGGGGCAGUAAACGGCUUUGAUCCAGCUCCUCCUCCUCCUGGGCUGGGCUCCUCACGCCCAUCGUCAGCACCGGGUAUGCUGCCUCUCAGUGUGUGAGUGCCCAGCCUCCAGGUGGGGUCCCUGCCCUCUUCCAGCAGCCCAGGACACCUACGCCUCGCCCCUCGGUACCUGGGUCCAGCCCUGUGCCCCUGUCUGCCUCUUCACCGCUGGCAGAGGGCAGGCUGCAUGCAGUGGCGGCUGCUGGGCUCUGCCCAGCCCCAGGACUCUGCGCGAUAUCAAUACUGGCUAUUUUCUCUUCUCGCCGUAGUGCCGUUGGUUUCACAUGAUUGCACUUUUGUGGGUCACAAGUGAUACAUACGUGUAUUACUCGAUCACUGGAUGUGGAAGUACCCGUUUAUCACAUCUGCCUCAUAGCCCCCAUUUUGCUGUGCUGAUAGGAUUUAGUUAUGUUUAGGACAUUGCAGAUCUUCUAGAAGUUCUCCUCAAUCAGGUUGACAAGACCCUUCUAAACUCCCACCCAUGCAUCUUCAGUGCUCACAAUCAUGUGUCCCCGAAUCUCGCCCUAUAGUUCAGAGUCAGGACCACCUCUGAAUUGGGGAAUAUUGUCUGUAUUUCUGACUUAAUGUAAGCAGCCCAUCCCAUAGGCUUGCUCUCUAAAGCAGCAAGAUGCUGUCUGAGCUGCAGGAGGCGGGGCAUCUGGGACCUGGCACUCCAGGGCUGAGCCACUGCGUGCCUCAGACUCAGAGGAGGCAAGUGGCAACCUCCUUACCAGCUUUUUAGUCCUUCAGUUCAAUGACAUCUCUUAGCUCAUUUUGUUUUCUCUUCUGAAGGUCCGUCUAGUUGCUUUGGGAAAGGUUGAGGGGCCUGAUUCUGGGGCUGGCUGGUGCUAGCUCUUGGGGGCAGACUGGCCAGAAGUGUUUGUCCCUUGCAUCCUUUGGUUAUUCUCAUGCUGCACUUACUGUUUACAUUUGUUUUAUUGUAUAUAGGUUUGUAAACAUUAUUGCCUAAGAUAUUUGUAUAUAACUUGG